GUUAUCGUUAGCAAGAGGAGCGUAUUGGCCGACCAUGUGGGUGCUUGUAUGAAGAUGAACUAACGAUUGAGUCAUCUGUCAAGUAGAAGCUGAUUGUCAACAUUUGAUUGCUCGGACAACAAACGGUCUACUGACUACUAGUGCUGAGACUUAGUUCUUUCACUCACAGCUAUAACAGCAAAUUAUUUUUUUUGUAGUAUUUAUAUGUAAUCAACAUAGUAAGAUGAUGAUAUAUUUCCUCUAUUGCUAGCUGUACAACAAGAAGAACAGGAUCACCAAAAUGGAGAAUCUGUGCAACCAUUUGCAAAGCGUACUCAGCCAGGUCGGAAAACUGAUCGACAGUGGUAGGGUGCCAAGUUCGUCGCAGUUGGAGAGCUACACGAAGCAGGUGGUCGAUCAGCUGAAGUUAAGAAGUGAAGUUACCUCAUGCUCAUCUUCUGUUGAAGAUGGUUAUUAAGUGAUUGGCCUUUUUCUUCGCCACAGGGAAGGAUGGCAUCGAUUGAAUCAGCAGGGGGUAUUACGAUUCCGUCUACUACGACUAGCCCGCAACACUAUUUCUUUCAUCUUCGUUCCUUUUCGUCCACUUUAAUUCGUCCUGCUCUACAAAUAUGAUUACGUAGAAGGAAUUAUACUUAGACACAGAGCAGCAGCAGGAGGCUCUUAUAUUCAUUCUGUAAAAAACAUUUACCUGAGCACCUCCAGCUUCUAAUAAAAGGGCUGACGACCCGUGCGCCGCAACAUGUGAAGAGCGCGUUAGCGGUCCCAUGGACCGCGGAGUAUGACUAUGAUCGCAAUCAGUUGAUUCCCAAUGCGAAUUUCACUGCCGACAAACUGCUUGAGAUUCUGAAAGACCUACUGAAGAUGUUGCAGGGUAUGCAGACAGGAGGUGGCAAGGGUGCUGGGCCUUCUACCUCGACGUCUUCUAGCGGAAGUCACGGUGUUGGUGCGCCUGCUGCAACGGGGACAUCAACAUCGUCGAGCGGCCUUAUCGCUAAGGCCUCGGCUCCGAAGCCACAGCCGCCAGUUCCCACCACGACUAAGUCAACCGGUGCGGAAACACAGAGAACAGUUCUCAUGGGAAAGCAGAUGCAAUUCCUGAAGAAGGGCUGGAUGCAAGAUCUCUCUGGAGGUCAGGGCCAGGGUGCGCCGACGAGACGAGCAGAUGCACCACCAAUCUCUGAAGCGAGCAUGAAAAUGCCGACGUACGAAAAAAAGGACAUGAUUCUGUCUGCAAUCCGUCGGAACAAGGUGACCGUGAUUUCUGGUGACACGGGUUGUGGUAAGAGUACGCUAAUCCCGCAAUUGGUGUGUGAUGCUAUCAACCUCGUUCCAGACGACAAGGUUGUCGUCUGCACACAGCCUCGCAGGGUAGCGGCGAUCACAUUACCGGAGUACGUCGCCAAAGAUCGAGGGCAAACGAUGGGGGACGAAGUAUUUUCAAGCAGACUCUCAACCAUUUAUUUCUCCAAGAUCAAGACAUAAGUACCUAACAUCAAGACAAACUACUGGUAGAAUUAGAAGUACCUGCUAGCAAUGAAUUGUUGCGUACCUCCUGCUCGUUGUUUUCCAACAAGUUUAUCGUCCGAUGUUGCAUGGAUCAGUCACGACAUUAUUUCUAUGCCAAGAAGUUCUCCUAUAUGACCAUGAAGAUGAUGAUGAUGAAUAACUCUCAUCGCGAUCAUCGCUACCCUACUACGACGUCUGUCAGGUAGGCUACCAAAUCCGUUUUGUGAAUCAAUUUUCGGAGCAUACGCGUCUGAUCUACGCUACUACGGCAAUCGUGUUGCGCCGUCUCCAUGCGGAACCUGAUCUGGAGUCCAUCGGUUGCUUGAUAGUGGAUGAGGUGCACGAAAGAGACGUGUACACGGAUUUUCUGCUUCUGCUUAUCCGCGAAGCGAUGCUACGGGGGAAAAUGCAGCAUCUGAAGAUUGUAUAAUACCCUUGAUGAAAUAGCACAAAAUGAAAACUACAGUUUGAAUAUUCAUUGCUCUUUUGACGCAACGAUCGAGGAACCUAAAUCUCCACCCUUUAGUGACGCCUAUUUUGACAACUACGAAGACGAACCACCAAACUCAAUCAACAACAACAAGGUUCUGAUGUCUGCGACUCUGAAAGCUGAAGACUUUGCUUAAGGGUUGGAUGUUGGCACCUCUAUGAGCAUCUCUAUGGUUUUUUCAAGUAGGAAACAAAGCCAUAGAUAUGCGAGCUAGCGCGGUCAACUUUCAACCCCUAACUUGUGCGGUACUUUGAAAAAGUAAAUGGAGAAGGUACACUGAAGCCCGUUCACAUUCCGGGGCGCAUGUUCACAGUCUACGACUAUUAUUGGGAAGAUGCUUGCGAGUGGCUUGACUACUGUCCUCCCGCUAAAGUUAUGCUUCGGCUAGUACGUCUAUUGUUUUGCUAAGGUGCUUGGUCCUAAGCUCUUUGAAGAACUUGGAGAAGAUGAAUUUUCAGUGCUGAUUAUGAAUUCGAAUCCAGUAGUUGAUUCUAUGCAACAAGGAUUUCAAGAGUUUGAAAUGUGCUCCUUUUUUUCGUGUUCGGGCAAUAAGUAACGAAAUAAGUCGAUUCGUAAAGCAUUGAUGCGGCAAACUCUCGAAUUUUUAUGAUUCUCUCUAAUGAAGGCAAGGGAAAGGGCGGAAAGAAAGGAAAGGGCAAAAAAGGUAGGGGCGGUGACGAUGAUGAUGCCAACGAAUACGGCGCGAGCGAGAGGAAAGUGACGGACGUAAUGCGCAUAAAAAUGAUGAAGCACAGAAGUCAGCAUAUGCUGAGCGUGACGUUGAACUUGCAGAACUUUAUUUACGCCUUGCACUACUAGGAAUCAACCGCGGCGGUACAGCCACUGGUGUCACCAGCCGGUGGUCCCGAUUGUAUGAUAACCAUUUUGCAAAACACCUAGUAAAUUAUGACUACAAAUUUUCAAUCAGGUUUAUGAUCGCAUCGAGCGAGACGAUUCUUUGGUUGUGAAAAGGCCAGACCGGGUCUACGAGUACGCCAAGAAAUCGCUGUCCGCCUGUGUCUUGUGGCGCGAAAAGGAGGUGUAUAUCGAUCUCGUGAUGGAGUUGAUCAUGUAUUUUCACGAGCAUGAACCGAAAGGUCCUGGCGCAAUUCUGGUGUUUCUUCCGGGUUGGGGUGACAUUUCGAAAUGUUUCCUGGCUUUACACGCCAAAAAUCAAAAGUUCAAAUUGAUUACCCUCCACUCGCUGAUGACUCCGGAGCAGCAGCACGAGGCUUUUGAACCUGCACCCAAGGGGUACCGCAAGAUCGUUCUGUCCACGAACAUCGCGGAGGCCAGUGUAACCAUCGAUGACAUCGUCUACGUGAUUGACAGCGGCGUGCGCAAGGAGCGAAACUACAAUCCCGCAACCGGAUCGUCAGCCCUGGAUACGACGAUGGUGUCGCGCGCCAACGCAAUCCAGCGCCGCGGUCGUGCCGGCCGAGUGCAGGAGGGCAUGGUGGUGCACCUUUUUCCUAGCUACGCCUUCAAGGGAUUCGAGGAAUUCCCUACACCGCAAAUGCUCACGAGCAGCAUGGAAGAAGUUAUACUGCAAUCCAAAGUCAUCUACGGUGGAACCAACGACGAGGUUGCGAAGAUGCUUACGAGCAGCAUGGCCCAGCCAAGCAGUGCCGCUAUCAAAGACGCAGUCACGCUUUUGAAGGUACUUCCUACUACUAGUACGAUAUAAUUGAUGAAGAAACUAUAUUGAAAACCAGUUCUUCAAGUUCAAUAAACAAGUAGCUUCGGGUCGUGUUGAUAGAGAGAAAUAGGAGCGGAUGGACGAUUGUUUUAUUAAAACGAUCUGAGAUGAAGAUGUAGGUCUUGUUCAUCUUCAUCUUCAGACAAUGAACUGCCUGUCGCGUGGGGGUGAGCUAACUGCCCUUGGUCGAGCAACUGCUGCUAUUCCGAUCGCGCCGAUCCAGGCGAAGAUGCUGCUGCUUGGAGGCGCCUUCCGUUGCAUUCGAUACGCCGCUAUCGCCGCAGCUUUCUUGGCCGUGAAGAAUCCGUUCCAGACGCAUCCUGGGACCAAAGGGGGACGCGAUGCCGGCAAGGACCACUUCAACAAGGACUUUAACAGUGACCACGUAACGAACAUCCAGGCGUACUAUUUAAGGCUUCGAAAAAUACACUACACUUUCAGAGUUCUCAAGUAGAGGAGUCCUCAAGAAAGGCUUGUAUGAGUGGAAGACAGAAUGAACACUGACAUCGGUCAAUCAUCUGCUUUAGUAAUUAUCGCUUCUAUCUAAUCUACGAAUGGCGACAGGCCGUAAAGAAUCACGAGGGCGACGAAUUUUGCGAAGCUAAGGGGCUAUCACCGGAGGUGCUUGACAUGGCUCACAUGAUGGUUAAUCAAUUUUUGAAUUUUAUGCUCGAUGCGGGUUACAAUGGCGCCGACGUGAGCCCCGAUGGCGAUAUCAUGGACAUGCAGCCGUUCAAGAAGAACAGCGCCGAGCACUAUGCAUUGAAUUGCGCUAUAACCGGUGGAUUCUGGCCGAGCGCGUGCGUCCUGUAUAACAAUGGGCGGUCGCCUUCCUACUGGUACACCAUGGGGGGCGAGACCGUGUCUGCGUUCCGCGGCAGCGUCAACGCAGACUACGUCAUGUCCAAAAAGGACGGCGAUGAAUGGAUGGCCUACUGUGACAGCAUGAAAAUGGGACCGCACAACAGUAUCAUGGAUUCCUCCUUAGUCACAUCGAACUACGUCCUCCUCUUCGCGAACCACUUAUACGUGGACCGAGUGAGAAAAACUGUGCGAUUUGACAAGUGGAAAGCAGAGGUAGAUGACCUCCGUGAUUUCGACGAGAUCCUGCAUCUCCGAAAGGAAAUCAUGCCUGAGUUCAAGGAUGCCAUUGAAGGUAUUUUACCUGAAGAUUAGGACCUCAGUGAUAAUAUUCGUGAUAUCAUGAUCUAAAAGUAAGAGUCCGGACCGUACUCGACGUAAAUACUUGCUCUUCUGGUUCUUUUUCGUAGAAGCAAGUUUGAUUUUGUGCUACUUUCAUCAUGAUUUUUAAUGACUAAUGACAAGCACCCUUAGCGCGACAAGGUCGUUGGAAACCAAAGUCAACAUAAGCGUCAUUGUCACGACAGGUCGAGAUCUCUCAACAUUCCCGGAAUCGCUGACAAAGCGCAUGAUCAGCUUCGUGUCCGGUCGUGUGAUAGCACUGCGAAAUAUUGAUACCACGAAGAGCAGCAUUUACGACGAGCUACCAGAAGGUCAAUGGGACCAGCUGUCGCUCUUUGAGUGGCCCCAAGACGACGGCCCGGACGAUGACGAAGACGAGGACGUAGAAAUGAAAUAGCCAGUCGAAACAUGAAGAUGGUGAUGGAACAAUAUAAAUAUAAACUUUUAAAUAUGAAAAAACAUAAAGAAACAGCUGUAUAUUUUCAAUCUUCGAAUACUAGACCGAUAUACAUAUAUCUCCAAUUGCAAUUAUUUGCUUUUUAACUCGCUGUUUGAUGGAAGUAGGACGUUCAUCUUCUGUCGUCCCCGAGAAAGCGCAGGUACCCACCUUGAUUUUCGUACCUUGAUAGAUUCACAUGUUAGUUUCCCAAUCCCCUUUCCCUAACCCAAUAGAUCAACGGGACAAGCUGAUUCCCUGAAGCGCAUUCACGAUUUCACCACCGCCUCUACACGAAAAAGAAAUCACAAUAAUAAAGGCUGUGACUCAAC